UGGAGAAGAAGGAGGAGAAUAAGGGAGGAGAUAAAAGCCAGAAUGUGAAGGAUCCGGCAAAAGGAGAGGUGAUCCAGCGGAUGAGUGAGCAUCAGGAAGGCACUGGAGGGGGGAGAGAGGAGCGGACAGGCCCAGAAGCUUCUUGAUGGAGCAUGGGUCAGGUUUUAGGAUUCUCCCACUGCAAGGAGUUUGUCUCGGUCUCCUCAACACCUGACUCUACUCCUCCCUGUACAGAUGGUGGUAAUGAGGAGUCAGAUUUCCCUGAGCUCCUAACAGCACGAGAGUGGUCUGAGGAUGAAGAAGGCCCUGAGGAUGACCUCAGCAGUUCUUCCUUGUGGGGGACCCCCCGCCAGAAUUCCUUCGAGCUUACGUUCUCAUACAUUGCCUUCUCAGAGGGCGAAAGCUCUGGCCGGAGAGACUCGGGCCGACGGAGAACUGGAGGAAGAGGAAGACGUGGCUCACUACGCCGUAUGGACACUGUGGAAACCUUUUUACCUCCAGAUUCCCCUGCUGUCGAAUGGGACCCUCUUAACUUCUUGAGCGGAGAGGAGGAGCAGCGGGUUGUGGAAAACCAACUUCCUGAGCUAGUGGAGAGCCACAAUCGGACUCUAGAGUCAUCCAGUCAGGGCAUAGGUUACUUUCCUGAUGAUAAAUUACAGGGAGAAAUGGAGAAGAUCAUAUUACAAGAGGCGUGCUACGUUACCGAUAGUUAUGAAGCUCACCAGUUUCAUGCUUCAGAGCCAUAUGUCAACAUGGAAUCCACAGCCACAAUGCAGACUGAGGAAGACAUGUCACAUACAACACAAAGUCCUAAUAUCUAUAACACUCAGGAAGAGCAAAGCAUGGAACAGUGGCUCUCUAAACUUUACCUUCCAGAGGGGCCAACGAUACACAUCCAGAUCGAAGUGAUGGAUCUGAUCUACUGGAAGGACACUGAGCGGACAGGCAUGUUGUUCACUGGACUGGUGGUGGGCCUGCUGUCUCUCUUCCAGCUCAGUAUUAUCACUGUGCUCUCCACUGUUUCUCUGGCCAUCGUGUGCUUCACCAUUUCGGUGCGCAUUUACUGCAAACUGCUGCAUGCUCUGCAGCUCAGAGAUGGAGCACACCCCUUCCAGACUUACCUGGAUGUAGACAUUGGUCUGUCUGGAGAACAAGCGGAACACUAUAUGCAGAGAGCUAUAUUCCUUUUCUUUGCUGCUUUGGACACACUGAGGCACCUGGUCUUUGUAGCAAACUUGUUUGACUCUCUCAAGUUCCUGUUGCUGAUGUAUUUGGUGACGUAUCUGGGAGCGCUCUGCAAUGGCCUUACUCUGCUCAUUAUCGGUGUGAUUGCUGUCUUCUCUGUCCCCCUCUUUUACACCAGGCACCAGGAAAAAUUGGACAUCUGGGUUGCAAAAGUCCAAGGUCAUGUUGACAACAUUAAGGACAUCCUGACUCGAUUGGCCCAGGGUGGCGGUCCUGCCCCCGACCCCACCCCAGGUGGCGCCAAACCCAAAUCCCAGUGAGGCGUCUAAGAGGUGGAGUAAAAGAAAAUUAGGGCGGAGCAAUAGGCUGUCACUCUGAUGUCUUAAUCAAGUCUGUUUUUUUCAGAGCACCACUUUCAGAUUUCAAUAGAGCAGGGACUAAUGAGAUACUGUGUCAGAAAAGAGUGCACGGAAGGAGUGGAGGUUUUUGGAUAGAGUUUAAGAGGACUCUUUUGAUGCAUGGUUGAGAUAUUGCUGUAUGACAAACAAAAGUAGCAGGGCCCCUAGAGCAAUCAGUGGAUUUCUGAAAGUUGUCUGGAAAAGAGGAAAUUUACAUCAAAGAACCGACACACAUGAAUAUAAGAGGUGGUGCACAAGAACAUUUCAACUCAAGAGACUGGAAUUUGCACUAUGAUGAGCCAAAUUUAAGAAACCCCCCAGGACCAGUUUGCUGAAUCAUCCAUCACUUUCGACAGUUUAUGAGAAUGGCAUGUAUAAAUGUGUGAACGCGUACAUACAUGCGAUUAUGAUCUUGCAGAUUUAUCUUGCUACAUCUUACAUAUGAGAUCUAUUAAAACUCCAGUAUCAUUUUUCCA